AGGGACUCGGACCACAGACUGAAAACCAGGAAGCAGAAGAUGUGAGAGAAAAGAUUCAGGAAACUAAACAAGAUGAAUGAUAAAAACAUAAGAAAUGAUUAUUAACAUGAACACAGAGAAACUGAUCUGAGGUCUGUUCAUUAAAGAGUCAGCUGACACACACACACACACACACACAAUCUUUGAUGCAUGACUAUGAAUCAUCACUGUUGAUGCACAAUGAAUUCCUCCUGUUCUGUGUGUGUGUGUUCCACAUAUUACUCAUGUUGUGGGAACCUAAAUCUGUUUACACACUCACAUCAUAGGGACUUGUUCUCCUUAUGAGGACACAAACCAAGUCCUCAUAACGUACAUCAUUAUAUCUUAAGGUGAAGAUGCGUCUGAGGUGAGGUGAAUGUACGUCACUGUAAUGUCCUCUGAAGUCAUGGAGACACAACCUCCUCCCCUUCCUCCUGCUCCUGCUCCUCUCUCCUCCCCUUCCUCCUGCUCCUGCUCCUCUCUCCUCCUCUUCCUCCUGCUCCUGCUCCUCUCUCCUCCUCUUCCUCCUCCUCCUCAGAUCAAUUUGUCAAACUGAAUAAAGAUGAAAAACUGGGAACACGUCCUGUGUGUUACAGUGAAUCAGGUUCGACCCUGUGAGAGGAGGAGGUUCUGUUCUUCAGCUGAGGCAGCAGGGGGCAGCAGAGGACCAUCACACAACACAGAACCAGUUCAACAAGAGGCAACAGACUCUCAACAGAGGGGGGGGGUGUAGACCCCCUGUAGAUACUGCAGUGUGUGUUGGUGUCUCAGGAUCAGCUCCUCUCACUUCAUCAGCUUCAUGUUUGUCCCUGGUUGAAGAGAACUGCUGUAAUUCUUCAUGACAAAGACUGAACCCGGAGCUGGAAACAUUCAUCUGAUCCAUGACGGAUGAACUUGGUCAGCAUCAGUCCUGCUGAUACGAGGCAGGUUGGAUCCAUGAGUUCAUGUUGUUUACACCAGAUUCUGACCCAGAAAUCCAGACUCAUCAGAGCAGACGAUGUGUUUCCAGUCUUCUGUUGUCCAGUGUUGGUGAGUCUGUGUGAACUGUAGCCUCAGUUUCCUGUUCUCAGCUGACAGGACUGACUCCUGCAGUGGUCUCUGCUGCUGUCUGCCUUCACACAUGAUCUGCAGACUGCAGGUUGUAACCAGUGGUUAUCUGAGUAACUGUUGCCUUCCUCUCAGCUCUAAGCGGUCUGACCUCUGACCUCCUGUAAACUCUCUGUAAAGUCUAGAGAUGGUUGUGAGUGAAAGUCCCAGUAGAUCAGCAGUUUCUGAAACACUCAGACCAACAACCAGGACACAUUCAGAGUCUGACAUCACCUUUCCUCCUCAGUCCGAUGCUCAGUCUGAACUCCAGCAGGUUGACGUGUUGCUGCUGUGUGAUUGGCCAAUCGUUCACAUCAUGUUUAUUUCCUCUCCAUUGUCUCCAGUGUUUCUUGGUGCGUUGCUGCCACCAGCGGUCCGUCAGUGGAAAUGCAUGAACCCAGGAUGUGAGCUGUUCAUGUUCACACAGGCACAAACAGUUUCACUGUUUCUACCUACUUCCUGUUUGUAUCCAUGGUCCCUGUAGAGUUACAACCUCUUCUUGACUCUGACAUGUUUUAUCUGCCCAGGUUCAAACUCACCUCCUGACAGGACGUCAGUCAGCCAAUCAGCUGCCUCCGCUAUAGAGAGAGGUUACCUUCAGUCACCUGUCCUGAGUCUGCAGCAGAGAACCACCAACCUGCUGAGACUCGGAGGUCGGUCAUGUGACCCUGUGACGCUGCAGAGGAGUGGACAGCUGCAGGAUCAGGGCGAGCUGUUCAGACACGCAGACGUGUUGAAGCAGAAAGCUGCAGAGAGCAGGAGAUGAGGUGCAGAUACACAGAGAUAAGGCUGUCAUCACACUGACAGAGGAAAGUGAAGGUGGAGAUGAUCUGUCACUGAAUACCUCACAACAAAGAGCUGAACACACAGAUCUUAUCCUCAGCAGCUGUGAAACCUGCAGCCGUCAGACUCUGAGGAAUGUUUCGUUUCACUUGCACAGACCUUCUGUCUCUGAGGAUGAUCAUCAGAAAGAUUCAAUAUUCAUCAGGACUGAGUCUGAUUCCUGCUCCAUGUGGUUUUCCAUCACUGAUCUGGAGUCACAUCAUUUUCUACCUUUACUUUCUCUGAUCGUGUCUCUGGAUGAUUUCUCUAAGUUUUAUAAAUGAAGGAAACACAUUUUAAUAGAUUACCCACAAAAUGAAUGUGUCAAAACUUAAAGUAGUUUCAAAGUCUGAUGAACGAGAUACAAGUUCUGAAUGAAGUAUUAGAGAUCUAACUCAUCCAUGAUCCACAGGUAUCCUCAUCGGACCAAUCAGAGGCGGUUGCUAGGCGGAACAGAGUCAGCUGGCCAAUUGGCGUAUUUUUCUGCCGUUGUUGGCUUGCGUGAGUUGUCAUUGGUCGCGUUGUGUGUCGUCAUCGGUCACGAGCUUCAGGGAGGAGCGUAGAGAGGCGGAGAAACGAAGCCGGAAACAGAUUUAAACCAGUGUUUGAACCGUUGUUUCUGUUUGUCAGAACUGAGGGGAAACCGGGUCAGUGAAGACGCCUGAUGUUAAAACAAACUGUGGAGCUGCUGUUUGUCCAACAUGAAUGAGGCCGGACGCUGAACACCUGCGGCGCGAAGGUGUCACCACUUCAUCCACGACAUCGUCCUCAAAGACUGAGACGUUGUGAUCGCAUUGUCCACGAUCGCAGAGACCUUGUCAAAGAUGAGAGAGACGUUGUCCAUGAUCGGAGACAUUGUCCAUGACUCGUGGUGACUCGGUCCCCGAUAAGUCGGCAUCCCCGGCGUUCAUUGAGGCAUUGUCGAUGAUCACAGAGACACCGUCUAGGAUCUCAGAGACAUCGUCCACGAUCACUAAGACAUUGCCCACGAUCGCAGAGAGUCUUUGAACAAUGAGGAAGUUCUUUGAGACCAGGACAGAGGCCUCCAGGUGUCACCACUUCGUCCACGACAUCGUCCACCAUCGCAGAGACAUGGUCCACGAUCAGAGAGACAUUGUUGAGGAUGAGGGAGACAUCGUCCACGAUCAGAGACAUUGUCCACGAUCGUCAGAGACCUUGUCAAAGACGAGAGAGGCGUUGUCCAUGAUCAGAGACAUUGUCCCAUGCUUCGCAGAGCUCUGCGCAAGAAUCGGUAGAGACACUGUGGUUCCUCGAUUCGAUCGGCAUGACCGCGAUCAGGAGACAUUGUUAAUGAUCAGAGAGACACCGUCUAUGAUCUCAGAGACAUCGUCCACGAUCACAAAGACAUCGUCAAUGAUCACAGAGACUUUGUCCAUAAUCUCAGAGACAUUGUCCGUGCGAUCACAGAGACGUAGUCCACGAUCACAGAGACAUCGUCCACGAUCACAGAGAGACCUCAUCCAAACCUUGGUGUCACCACUUCGUCCACAACAUCAUCCACUAUCGCUAAGACAUUGUCCAACCUCAUCAAAGAUGAUAAGAGAAGUUGUCCGUGAUCUGAGACGUCGUCCCGUGCUUCUUAGAUUUCUAUGCAAGAAUCUGUGCAGAUUGGGGUCACCAAUUCAAUGGCAUCAACCGCUAUCAUUGUUACUGUCGAUGAUCACAGAGACACCGUCUAUGAUCUCAGAGACAUCAUCCACGAUCACGAAGACAUCUUCCAUGAUUUCAGAGACACUGUCCACAAUCACAGGGGGUCUAUACGAUGCAGAGACCUGGACAGAGGCCUCCAGGAAACUUUGCAUCAGCUGUCCAACAGCACUUACUGUUUAUGUUCAGUAUUCAGUAUAUCAGAAAGAGUGUAAUAUUAGCAAUUUGCUAUAUAUAAAUACAUAAGUAAUCUAAGUAAUAUAAAUGUAAUUAGCAAUAUCAGAAGUAAGAUGUAAUUGUCAAAGGAAUCUGUUAGUAGAUGUAGUUUGCAAUAGUAAAACUUAUCUGUAAAUUUAGAAUAUGUAAUAACAAAAGUCAUAUGUAAUAGUAACCGUAAUCUAUAAUAUAGAAACUAUGCAGAAGUAAUAGCAAUCCAAAACAGAAGUUAAAAUGUCAUGUCAUAAUAAGGCAUUAAGAAUGUUAUAGAAAUGUCAUAGCACAGUAAUGUGUCAAACAUCAUCAAAAAAUUUAAUAUUGUAGUAAGGUCUCAAAUAGUAUAAUAAAGCAUAAAAAACCUUUGAAAAAUGUCAUAGGAUUGUUAAGUGUUAAAAACUGUCAAAAAAUGUGAUAGUAUACUAAGGUGUUAAAAAAUGUCAUACUAAAGUGAGGCAUCAAAAAACUAAAAAAAUGUCAUAGUGUAGUAAGGUGACAAAAAUGUUUUAAAAAAUUUAUUGUAUACUAAGGCGUUAAAAAAUGGCGACAAAUGUCACAGUAUAGCAAGACGUUAAAAGAAUGUGGAAAAAAUGUAGUAUAAUAAAUCAUCAAAAAGCCUCAAAAAUUGUCAUAGUAGAGUGUCAAAAAAUGUAAAAAAAAAAAUGUCAUAGUAUUGUAAGGCAUCAAAUGUCGUCAAAAGAUGGCAUAGUAUAAUAAGGUAUCAAAAGUUAUCAUAGUAAGGUGGCAAAAAUGUAAAAAAAAAAAAAAAAGUCAUAGUGAGGUGGAAAAAAACUUAAAAUGUCAUAGUAUAGUAAGGUGUAAAAAAAUUGCGAAAAAUGUAAUAGUAUUUUAAGAUGUUCAAAAAUGUUAAAAAUGUCAUAGUAAGGUGACAAAAGUGGUCAAAAAUUGUCAGUAUAGUAAGGCAUCAAAAAAUGUCAUAGUAUUUUAAGGUGUCAAAAUUUUUUUUUUAAAAUGUCAGUAUAUUAAGGUGACAAAAAUGUUGAAAAAUUGUCAUAGUAUAGUAAGCAUCAAAAACCCUAAAAAAUAUCAUCCAAAUGCUGUGCAGUAGAAUAGGAAAAGUUAAACAUGGUAAUAUAGGCAUUUGAUGGAUUGUUAAACUGUCUUUAUGUUUCUUGUAUUAAAUCAUUUAAAUUGCAGGAUGUGAAGCUUUGGGAAGUUUCUGUAAUUAACCUGUCUCUGAAGGAGAAGAUUGUAGACUGAAGAGGACAACAAAAGUAGUUAAAUGUUAUUUAAGAUGCUUAGAGAUGUUUAAGUCUUAAUAUGCAUAUCCUCAUCUGUCUUCGUCACUACAUUAAAUGUUUGGUGAGAGAAUAACAAAGUGUCUCCAAGUGGUCAAACAUCUGUCAUUAUCUUUGCUGUAGUUUGUUAAAUAUUGUCUAGAACAGAAUCAAUAAAGUU